ACUUCGCGACGCGGUGGCUCCACUUUUAAGUUGGAGGGUCGAAACAACAAUCGCGACCCGCGGUGCACUUUACCGUCGAAUCGAAUCGCGGGUUGCGAGUUGCGAUUCCCUGUUGAUUCGGAAGCUCAAACCAGAUAGAUUGUCCUUAACUCGCUUGCUUACCACUUCUACGUUGACCUCCAGUCGCUGAUUGUUGAUACCAAACUCGAUUAUCCCAUCUCUGACAUUCUUCUUUCCCAUUUCUUUGCGACGUGUAGCAACAAUUCCAUUGAAGAGAUCUUGUUGAGCCAUGUAUUUAUUCCCAGUCGCAAUCAAGCUGUUUCCUGCUUGACCUGUUCUCACCACCGCCGCCACACUUCUGGACUUUCUUCUUGCGACAACAAGAUGAUGAGUUACGACCAGCGCAGACCAUCUGACGUGCUUUCAUCUGCAAGACCUAAUGGUGGAAGAGGUCGCAUGCCCAGCAACUCCAUUCUGGGACACAAGAGGACAAGCUCUGGGCGCAUGGAGUCCAAAGAGAACAUCGACGGCGUGGACAGUCAGUUCUCACCAUUUACGUCGCCGGAGCUGUCAGAAGGAAGUGGCAGGAAAAUCCGGCCUACCUUUAGCCCCGUCGCCCGCCCAAUUUCUGCCAUGCAACGAACCGGCAACUCUGUGCCCAAUCUGAGGGAGUCCGACUCACCGCACGACACCAAGAUCCCACGACCGAACACGACGGCACCGAAUUACGAAUCCUUAAGUGCUCGAGGCUCUCCAGGCUCGCCUAUGCCGGCCUCCAAUGGCAAUGCACGACGAAUUCGACAACCCUUGGGAUUGAAAGCUGCGUUCAAGCUUGCCGAGGCACAGGAUGCGCGAGAGCGCAGUGGUUCGUCGUCGUCCAAUGGCUCUAUUGACUUGAAGCGAGCUUUCGAAAUGGCCAACGCAGAGGCAAAUCGGGUUGCAGUUGGUUCACCCAGUCCAGCUCCUCGGUCAUAUCGACGUAGGGAAUCGACGGACACGAGGUCGAAUCAGUACUUCGGCAGCCCGGUUAAUGUCGAUCUUGGUCAACGCUUACAGCAGUUCGACCAAAACCAUCAAUUGAGCAACAAUGGUGGGCCUUUAGAUGGCAUAUUCGCGACCAAGGGUCGUACAGGGCCCAAUGCAACCGAGUCGACGAAUACCUUGGCAAAGAAAGCGGGCAACAGCAGUUCAGGAAGCACUUCAGAAUAUCGGAAGGGGAGCGCUCCAAGCCAGGAUGGCGCCGGGAGGAAUUCUGCGGAGAGGACGAAGUGGGAUGCUGUUGGACGCAACUCAGUCUUACCAUCUAUCGAAUUUGCGCCUUUACCCCCUGUCGAUAUGGGAAGUGAAGACGAAGAUCUUCUCGUAAGCUCUCCGGCUGCACGGCCUAGUAACCUGUCGCCUGAGAAGAGCUAUGCUUGGGAUUUAGAUGCCGACUUCACAGCUGGUGAUCUGCAAGUAUCUGAUAGUCCUCGGAUCAAACUUGGUAGAAACAGCAUUGCGACUGGUGGCUCCCCAGCGGCGAAAAGCCCAGAAUCUCGAAAACCAAACGAAAAAUUGAGCAGGAUACGGGAACUCGAGCAUGAAGCUGCCAACGCAAACAUCCCCGAGGACGAGUCAAGUGUAGGACCAAAACGAACGAAUCCUCGACUGGACGAGAUCAGGGCACGUGAAAUGGUGGCGCGGUCACCCCGAGCUGUGGCCGAGAGCAGGUUAGAGGAAAUUCGGGCGAAGAACGCUGAAGCCCGCUCUCGUUCGACAUCUCCAGAAGAAGCGAGAAGGUUAACGAGUCAAAGUCUUCGAAACCACCCACAAAGUCCUCUCCUCGGCAACAUCAGUACCAAGGCCAAUGGUUCGCCCCAGCUUGGUGAACGGAUCUCUGGCACGCCCAUUACUGUGUUUCGGAACUCCAGCAAUGACAGCCUGGAAUCCCGACCGAGAGAGGAAGCAAUAUCUUCAUAUCCACCUCAAGUAUCAGCUUACGAUGACUCGUACGACCUUCUUCGUCGUUUGGCACUAGCAACUAGUCCAAGACAAUCUCCCAAAAACUCGCCAGAGUCAGAGGAACGGAAAUUGCCCAGUAAUACCAAUUCGACUCGAAUAUCCGUGACCCAGAAUAGCAAUGGACCAGAAGUGCACCGCGAAGAAUUAAUGUCAAAGGGCUCCCGAGCUAGGAUCUCCAGAGACCAAUUGGCCGUUGGAUUUAGUGGGCUACCUAAGAGGUCAUCUAACAACUCCUACGAUGACAAACGACAGAGCUUGGUAAACUCCGAGACAGAUCCCCUUGAUCGGAUUGAAGCUGAGAUGAAGCUCUUCGCACUCGGAGAUAAGGACUCUGAGAAGGCUUCAACUCGCGCUCCAUCCCCCGGCCUAUCAGAGAAAUCCGAGCCGAUUGAGGAGGAAACGCCAAAACAGAAGCGUAUUGACCCCUUAAGUCUUCCUACACCGCGCGUUAGCGGUGCUUAUGUGAUGACGCCCGCGACGGUUAAGGUCAAGAGGGAACGAGACGAUGAUUGGGUAGACGUUGAAUCGGACAACUCAACGCCGGCAAACUCCAUUCCGAAGCAGCAAGCAACAGGCUAUCAAGGGUCAAAGGUUGAGCAGGAGGCAUAUGAGCUCUCUGACAAGGUUACCAAGUCAACAGGAAAGUUGUCGGCCCCAGUUCGUCGCCCAAAGCGUCGUCCAAAACAACACCAACCCCUCAUCAAUACUGCUAGUAUUCCCACUGUUAAAGAUGAUCUACGAGCUAUUCUGCGCCAACACCACAUCGACGACUCUACUCUUGACGAUUUUGAUGGCCUUCUUGACGAUCAGGACAUCGAUGCCAAGGAGCUUGAGAAAAUUGUUGAUGAUACCGUUUUGAAGAUUGAAGAGGACAUGAAAGCUGCCGGGUUGACCGAUCAAGAACGUGAAUUGCAAGCCUAUGAUCGGAUGAGCAAGUCUCUCAAGACCGGUCUCCUCGGCAUUCGUUCCGCGAAGCAGGGCAUUGAGCGGUUAGAGGAUAAGGUUAUACACUCUGACCACACGGAUUUCGAUGCUCAGAUUGAUGCAGAACUACAAAAGCUAUCUCGUUCAACUUCACCUUCAACGCACAAACCCUUUAGAACCGAGUCUGUGGGUAUUACAUGGCCGAAACUUUUCAGUCGUCAACCGAGGUUCAGACUCACACCUCUUGGCAUUUUGACGAUGGCAAUCGCCAUCUGGUACGUAAUUGAGGCGACCUUCUGCUCUCGAUAUGUCAAUCACUAUGAAUGCCCUCGUGGUAUGACAUGCGAUUGGUCGCCGAAUGAACCAUAUUUCCCCUAUGCAGCGCCGUUCAUGCUUGACGAAUGGGCUACCGGCGGCAAAGGACGCGCACUUGUAUGGCGCAUCGGUGAUGCGGUUGGAGAUGUAAGGUCAGAAGUGUCGGAUUGGCUCACAGGCCAUGAUUUUACAAAGGAUGAGGUGAUGUAUAUGAACAUCUGGGAGAGAAAGCGGCAUAGAAGAAGACUGCACAGGCGAGGGAUAUAUUGGAAGUGGUCCGAACCUGCCCAAUUCAGACACAAAUUUCAAGCUUGGAGAAACUCGUGGAAAGAAAGGCAGCGAGCGAUUGAAGAUGGCGAGCCCAUAUGGAUCGACGAAAGCAUGAGUGCAGAUGAGAGAUUAUAGGAACAAGGAAUGGUGAUAACAUUAUGAGGAUUCGAAGGAGGAAGGUACUCAAUGUAGGCAGGGACGCACAGCACCAAUCACGGCAUCAUGUGCUUCGAUGGUGUUUUUCUAUCUAAUGUUGCUAGCGAUUGAUACCACCCUAUUGCAUUUGCAGGAUAUUACGAUCGAGCAAGGAGUUGCCCGCUAGCAUUUGCAAAGAGAGCUUUAUAUAUCAUAUGAUUGAAUUCUGG